UAACCCAGCUGCCGAGGAACCGAGCAGAGCCGGCUCCAAACUUCUCAGCUGUUGACAGGCUUGACUUGCUGAGAACACUGGUUAAAUAUAGCACGCGCAAGCCAGCGCCUCAACAAAGUCCCUGCCCUGCCGGUGUUGUGCAGGGAGCAGGAGACGAGAAACCUAAUCUCGGAACCCAACAACACCUAGCAACAGUUGAAAAAACUUUUAAACAAAAGUCUGGGUGGGAGAUCUACAACAGCCUCCAGUGUCUGCGGACCGGGGAUUUCAGGGCGAAGAAGCUGCUCUCCCCUUCUCUCCACUCAGUUUCCUGCAUGACUUCAGCUAUUGGCUAGUCCCGGGAGAGCAAGUGGGAAAAGCUUUUCCCUCUGUAUUCUUUUGGGCUGGAUAGUUUUCCAGGACUCCAGUCUCUCUCUUGGGCUGUGGGACAAGCCACUGGGUUCUUCAAAGGAUAAGCUACCUCUCUAAAGGACAUCCCUUUGACUAAGCGAGCUGCCAUCAGGUGGGAAUGAGAUCCCGAAACCAGGGUGGUGAAAGUUCAUCCAACGGGCAUAUCUCCUGCCCCAAAUCCUCCAUCAUAAGCAAUGUUGAUGAUAAAAGUCUCUCAGAAGAUGCAAAAAAGAAGAACAAAUCAAAUAGAAAGGAAGAUGAUGUCAUGGCCUCAGGAACUGUCAAACGACACCUAAAACCAUCUGGAGAAAGUGAUAAAAAGAAUAAGAAAUCCUUGGAGUUAUCCAAAGAAGACCUCAUCCAGCUACUCAGUAUAAUGGAAGGAGAGUUGCAGGCCAGGGAAGAUGUGAUCCACAUGCUGAAGACGGAGAAAACCAAGCCUGAGGUUCUGGAGGCUCAUUACGGGUCUGCGGAGCCAGAGAAAGUGCUGCGGGUCCUGCACCGAGACGCCAUCCUCGCCCAGGAGAAAUCCAUAGGAGAAGAUGUCUAUGAGAAACCAAUUUCAGAGCUGGACAGACUGGAGGAAAAACAGAAAGAAACCUACCGGCGCAUGUUAGAGCAACUGCUGCUGGCGGAGAAGUGCCACAGGCGCACGGUGUACGAGUUAGAGAACGAGAAGCACAAACACACUGACUACAUGAACAAGAGCGACGACUUCACCAACCUGCUGGAGCAGGAGCGGGAGAGGUUGAAAAAGCUCCUUGAACAAGAAAAGGCUUACCAAGCCCGUAAAGAAAAGGAAAAUGCUAAGAGGCUCAAUAAACUAAGAGAUGAGCUUGUGAAACUGAAGUCCUUUGCACUCAUGCUGGUGGAUGAAAGACAAAUGCAUAUUGAGCAACUUGGCCUGCAAAGCCAGAAAGUACAGGAUCUCACUCAGAAACUGAGGGAAGAAGAAGAAAAACUCAAAGCCAUUACUUCCAAAUCCAAAGAAGACAGGCAGAAAUUGCUCAAGUUAGAAGUGGAUUUCGAACACAAGGCUUCGAGGUUUUCCCAAGAGCAUGAAGAGAUGAAUGCUAAAUUGGCUAAUCAAGAGUCUCACAACAGGCAACUUAGACUCAAGCUGGUUGGCUUAACGCAAAGAAUUGAGGAGCUAGAAGAGACCAACAAAAAUCUUCAAAAGGCAGAGGAAGAACUUCAGGAAUUAAGAGAUAAAAUUGCCAAAGGGGAAUGUGGCAACUCCAGCCUCAUGGCAGAAGUGGAAAAUCUACGGAAGCGCGUGCUUGAAAUGGAGGGUAAAGAUGAGGAGAUCACUAAAACGGAAUCCCAGUGCAGGGAAUUGAGGAAGAAAUUGCAAGAGGAAGAACAUCAUAGUAGGGAGCUCAAAAUCGAAGUUGAGAAGUUACAGAAGAGAAUGUCUGAACUGGAGAAAUUGGAAGAAGCAUUUAGCAAGAGUAAAUCUGAAUGCACCCAGCUACAUUUAAAUCUAGAGAAAGAAAAGAACUUAACCAAAGACCUGCUAAAUGAAUUGGAGGUCGUCAAGAGCCGAGUUAAAGAACUGGAAUGUUCCGAAAGUAGAUUGGAAAAGGCUGAAUUAAGCCUAAAAGAUGAUCUUACAAAGUUGAAGUCAUUUACUGUGAUGCUGGUUGAUGAAAGGAAAAAUAUGAUGGAAAAAAUAAAGCAAGAAGAGAGAAAAGUGGAUGGACUCAAUAAAAAUUUUAAGGUGGAACAAGGAAAGGUUAUGGAUGUAACUGAAAAACUAAUCGAAGAAAGUAAGAAGCUUUUAAAGCUGAAGUCUGAAAUGGAGGAAAGAGUAUACAACUUGACAAAAGAGAGGGACGAGUUAGUAGGCAAACUGAAAAGUGAAGAAGAAAAAUCGUCUGAAUUAAGCUGCAGUGUUAACUUAUUAAAGAAGAGACUUGAUGGGAUAGAGGAAGUGGAGAGAGAAAUAACCAGAGGAAGGUCUCGGAAAGGACCUGAGCUCACCUGCCCGGAAGACAACAAGAUUAAGGAACUAACGCUUGAAAUUGAGAGACUGAAGAAACGUCUCCAACAACUGGAGGUGGUCGAAGGGGAUUUGAUGAAGACGGAGGAUGAGUAUGAUCAGCUGGAGCAGAAAUUUAGAACUGAGCAAGAUAAGGCUAAUUUCCUCUCUCAGCAACUGGAGGAGAUAAAGCACCAAAUUGCCAAGAACAAAGCAAUCGAGAAAGGUGAGGCUGUGAGCCAGGAAGCGGAGCUGAGGCACAGGUUUCGGUUGGAAGAGGCUAAAAGUCGAGACUUAAAAGCUGAAGUGCAAGCUCUUAAAGAGAAGAUUCAUGAAUUAAUGAACAAAGAAGAUCAGCUUUCUCAGCUCCAAGUGGACUAUUCUGUCCUUCAACAAAGAUUUAUGGAGGAAGAAAAUAAGAACAAAAACAUGGGACAGGAGGUCCUCAAUCUGACCAAAGAGCUGGAGCUUUCCAAGCGUUACAGCCGAGCUCUAAGACCCAGUAUGAAUGGGAGAAGAAUGGUAGAUAUUCCUGUGACCUCGACUGGAGUGCAGACUGAUGCUGUCAGCAGCGAGGCAGCAGAGGAAGAAACCCCAGCAGUAUUUAUCCGGAAAUCCUUUCAAGAAGAGAAUCAUAUCAUGAGCAACCUUCGACAGGUGGGAUUGAAAAAACCUAUGGAACGAUCCUCUGUUCUCGACAGGUAUCCUCCAGCAGCAAAUGAGCUCACGAUGAGAAAGUCGUGGAUUCCCUGGAUGAGGAAAAGGGAAAACGGGCCUUCGAUUACUCCAGAGAAAGGGCCCCGAACAAAUUCCAGUCCAGGGCACCCAGGAGAGCUGGUUCUUUCACCAAAGCAGGGCCAGCCCCUGCAUAUUCGUGUGACACCAGACCACGAGAACAGUACUGCGACGUUGGAGAUAACAAGCCCUACAUCCGAAGAAUUUUUCUCUAGUACCACUGUCAUUCCUACAUUAGGGAAUCAGAAGCCAAGGAUAACCAUUAUUCCAUCACCAAAUGUUAUGUCUCAAAAAACAAAAAGUGGAGACGGUAUUCUCGGCCCAGAACGAGCCAUGUCCCCGGUCACAAUUACCACAUAUUCCAGAGAGAAAACCCCGGACAGUGGAAGAGGCGCAUUUGCGGACAGGCCCACAUCCCCCAUUCAGAUAAUGACAGUGUCUACAUCAGCUGCCCCGGCUGAGAUUGCAGUCUCUCCCGACGCCCAGGAAAUGUCCAUGGGAAGGACUGUCCUCAAAGUCACCCCAGAAAAACAGACUGUUCCAACGCCACUACGGAAAUACAACUCCAAUGCCAAUAUCAUAACCACAGAGGACAAUAAAAUCCACAUUCAUUUAGGUUCUCAGUUUAAACGGUCCCCUGGGGCUUCGGCAGAAGGAGCAAGUCCAGUUAUCACUGUGCGACCUGUCAGCGUGACAGCGGAAAAGGAGGUCUCCACCGGCACUGUCCUCCGCUCUCCCAGGAACCACCUCUCCUCACGGCCUGGUGCAAGCAAAGUGACAAGCACCAUCACCAUCACCCCAGUCACAACCUCCUCCACUCGAGGAACCCAGUCAGUGUCAGGACAAGACGGGUCAUCCCAGCGGCCUACACCCACCCGCAUUCCUAUGUCAAAAGAAAGCAUCAUCAUUCACCAGUUACGCAUGAACUCCCGAUGAAAUGGUAAAUCAAGCACAUACUGGGUGUGUGUACUGCCUCUGAAUCCCUGUUGAAUGGAUAGUGUUACUACAGCUCUCCAUCAUCACUAAGGUCCUCCAGGCUACUGAUCACUACUGAAAAUAAUUUUCUACUUCCAGUGAAUUUUUUUGAGAAUAUAAUGUAAAAGCUGAAAAUGGCAUUGCUGAUAAUAUAAAAAUAGGUUGCAAGAGCAAUUCAAUCUUUGUGUCAAAAGCAAUUUCUCCUCCUUUUGCAAAGCUUUCAGGUCCAUGGGCACAUGCUAUGUAAUUUAUUUUUAUAAUACACUUUGUGAUGUGAUUUUUUUCCCCGAAAGUGUUUCCUUUUUCAUAGUCUAUGGCACAUAUAGUAUAUCUGUAGAAUACACUGUCAGUUCUUCAAAGCAUGGGUAUCGGUGCAUUUAUAACAGUAACCUAUAAUCAUUUUCUUUGAUCAAUUUGUUGUUUCUGAAGAAAAGAAAGUACAACACUAUAUAUUUCCUGAAAGAAAUUCAAGAGGUAAAACAGAAGCAGGAGCUUCUGGAAGAGUUUUUAUUAUUGCUUGUACAGUGCUGUGGUUCUGAUCACGGUUCAACAUUAACAGAUAACGGUCUGGUUUAAAGUUUAAUUUUAAACACUUACAGACAGUUUUUUUAAAGUUGCUCUUUCUAGUGUUCUGUGACAAAACCCUUGAAUGAAUUGAUUUUCAUAUGGAACAAAUGAAUAAAAGGAGAUGUAUGAGUUUAACAUUAUAGAAACACCUUCAACCGGUAGUUCAAUUAUCUUUCUGUUUGCAUUAUUUACUUAUAUGUACAGGACUUAGAAAAAGGAUAUCAAGAUAGUUCUCACAAUCUACCUAAAUGAAAGCCUGAAAAUAAAAAACUGACCUAGAAAGUAUCAGCAUCUUUUUAAAAAAUGGUAAUAGAAAUGCCUAGAUAAUUUUUUUCUUGUAGAUAGGAGUUGGACAGAUUUUCAGAAAUCACAUAUAGGUUAGAGAAUAUAUUCUUUAAAGAUAAAAAGCACAUGAAUUACUUAAAUCUCAAUGUCAGAGCUGCUGUUGAACUUAAAUUUAUGUGAAAAUGUGCAUCUAAAGUCUACUUGAAAGCCUUAAUAUAGGGUUUUUAUUUUUAAAGACUUUGUCAAUGUGGACAUGUUGUCAAUAAGGUUUUUAAAAGGUAACUAAGAUAAAUAAAUAUUUGACACAUCAGUUUCUGAAGGCAGGAAUCAUCUAUCAUGUAACUUUACUUAGAUUAAAGAAACUGUGCUCUGGGUGUCACAAGGAUAGCUAAAAACCACACCAAUAAUACUGUUGGCCCAUUUCUCCAGACCACAGGCUGUACCCCGGUUUAUAUGCCCAAAGAGGGGAGUCCAUACUGAGUCUCUGGAAUAGAAAAAUUAAUGUUGGAUUUCCUCCCCUAUGUACCUUUGUAAGGUAUUAAGGUAUACCUUGUGGAAUUAGCAAAUUAUAAUCAGUAGGUAUUAUAUAUGAAAUUAUGAUAUUUUAUGUAAAAUUAGUUUUGAUCUUUGUAAGUAAAAGAAAUGCUAUCGUAGGCUUGCCCUAGCUUGAGUGAUUGUAUGUGUCACAUAACCUGCAGGGUUUUGAUUACUGAUUAAAGAAAACUAGAUGUAUUUGUGUGAAGAUUUAAGAAAUUGUUGUUUUGGGUUUUGUUUUCUGCAGAUGUUUCUGAAUGACGUUUUCAACUAGGGAAGGGUUUUAUUUAGUAUUGUUAUAUAUUUUUCACUCACAAUUAAGUUCCAUUUUUGCCAAUAUUUCUGACGGCAAAAAUAUUCAGAAAUAUCACAGAUUAGCAUUUGAAGCAAAUAACUUUUUCUCAACUUGUGGGAAUGUUAUUACACUAAUUGUGAAAAGGCUAGAAGACUUUAAAUAUUUCCUGACUUUAAUUUAAAAUGCUACAAGUAAUUUAUGUAUAUUUGGAUCUGAAGUUUUAUUUUUCCCGAGUUUAUAAUGAAGUUUGGUACUUGCAAUGCUGAGUGAGGAUGACGGUGUAAUUGGUCAUUUAAAUGGGUGCUGAGCUUUUCUCUGCCCAUGCUAUAAAUAAGUCCUCUGUUGAAACCCAAAUGGAAUUAAAGUGACAGAUGGUUAAAAUUAGUUUAAAAAUUUUAAACUGGUUUUGAAAUAGAACACAAUAUUAAAAAUGAACAGAAAACAACAAAGAGUCAUAUCCUUAGCUCAUGAAUAAACAAACAAGAUCAUAAAUAGUCAUAGCCCAAUAUCCACAUUCAAUUGAAAAAAUUGUCCCUCAUGCAAGUCUGGCAUCAUCCUAGGCUACAUAAUUUCUCUAUCUUUUAUUCUAAGUAAAUCUCCAAUCAUCAAUAUGAAUGAGAAUCAGCUUUGAAUGGAAUAAUUCUGUUUUCUGAUAUAUGAUCGUAAUUAGUGUUUUCAGUUUAAGAUACAACAAACUAAUCCUGUUAUCUUACCCUUUUCUUUUUGAGAAGAGUGUUUCUGAGGGUAUCUUCUACAAAGAGUUUUUUCAAGUAUUUAAUAAAAUAUUAGGGCUUCAUGAAAAUAAUGGAUAGAGUAAAUAUUCCAGAUGUUAGAUACCUAUAAUGUUUACAAAUGUGAACAAUUAAUUGUAUCUUUGGACAACCAUAAAACAAUUCAUGGUGUGGAAUAUCUAACUUAAGCAUGAACAGAGACACCAACAAUCCUGAAAUAAUUCCCAGCUUCUGAAAGUCAGUGGCAGAGCAAGAGUGAAUGCUGUGUCAGACAGUGUAACAUGUUUGUGUCUUUUCUCUUUAUGCUGUGGUUGAAUUUUCCUGGAAAUAAAUAAAAAAUAGAGCAAAGGUAGGGUGUGUUCAUGAGUUUGAUAAGCAACAAUUCUAAAAUUAACAAAAACACAUAAUGGGAGUUUAAAAAACACAACUGUCCCCUGAGGCAUAUACCCCCCUCUGGACCUCCAGUGCAAUGCCUCUGCUAAAAAUACUAAUUAGAAGGCAAAGAGGAGAAACAAUAAAAACGGUUGUAAUGAAUUCAUAAAAUUGGGAGUUCCAUGGAAUUAAUGUUGCUUAGUGACCACUAAUGUUUUAUUUAUCUUACUAUUAUGUUUUUAAUACUCACCUGAGGAUAUGUUUAUUGAUUUUAGAAAAAGAGGGAGAGAGAGAGAAACAUGUGAGAAAGAAACACUGGUUGGUUGCCUGUCAGUCAUAUGUGCCCAGACUGGGAUUGAACCCACAACCUAGGUAUGUGCCCUGACGGAAUAGAACAUGCAACCUUUUUGGUGCCAAAACGAUGCUCCAACCAACAGAUUCACCUGGCCCGGACAAUAUUUUAUGUUCUUAAACUUUCAGCAUUUCCUCCUUACUCUGUGAUGACACUAUGUUUGUUACAUAGGGAAAAUGCUGUAGAUUCAUACAUUUGAACAGAAAUAUUUCUAGGUGCCAUGACAUGAUACAUCUUUUUCUGGUGGGUUAUUUUUGUUUGUUUAUGUUAUUUGGUUAAUUUUACCUUACCAUUCACAGAUUUUGUUAACAGUGCAAAAUUGUAUUUAUUUAAUCUAGAUUUUGUUUUAAAAAUGUCAGAUGUUAGCUUCUUCGUAUGUGAUCAGUUAUUCUUAGAAGUCUUGCAGGUGUAAUGGAUUUUCAAUAGCAAAAGAGUACAUGAAAAAAAUUUGGAGUUACAGUCUAUUUUCACAGCAUUCUCAAUUUUUUCUUUAAGUUUUAUUAAGUACAUGAGAAGUUUAUUUUUCACUACAGCCAAGUGAAUUUAUGAAUAUGUACUUGUCUUUUAUAUGAAUGUGAUAUCCUGCUUUCAUUUCAUCACAGGUUACUGAAAUUUAACCAAUUAAGACAUUCUCUGUGUUAUUUCCAAAGUCAACUUUGUUUAUCAAAAUCUCACCAGAGAGUGAGAAAAAUAAUAAUUGUGAUAUAAAAGUAUUGUGCAAUAUUCUUCUUUGAGUUGGAACAUAAUAUUAUACAAUUAAAAUCAU